AUUAGUGAUUUGUCGUCUGUCUGUGCUGACAGACGUCAAAUAGCAUUCAAACGUAGUGCUUGUGGUCCUAUCACUUAAACUUUAUUUUCGAAAUAUAUUUUAUUUAAAUCAUGAAUACUUUAAAAAAUAACUGGUUUACUGAGUCCUGCGAGAUGUGGCCGGGGGGCACAUUCUCGUUGCAAGUGAAGGAGGUCUUGCACACAGAGAAAUCGGAAUAUCAAGAUAUACAAGUUUUGGACACGACGAGUUUCGGCAGGGUGUUAAUUCUGGAUGGAAUAAUACAAUGUACGCAAAAAGACGAAUUCUCGUAUCAGGAAAUGAUUUCAUUUCUGCCAUUGUGUUGCCACAAGAAUCCUGAAAAGGUGCUCAUUGUUGGGGGAGGAGAUGGUGGUGUUGCCAGAGAAGUUGCCAAGCACCCUAAAGUUAAAGAAAUUGUACAGGUAGAAAUCGACGCAAAAGUGAUCGAGGUAUCAAAGAAGUACUUACCGUUCAUGGCGGUGGGUUUUGACAGCGAGAAGCUGAAGUUGCACGUUGGGGACGGGUUCGAAUUCAUGAAGAACCACAGCAAGGAGUUUGACGUCAUCAUCACAGACAGCAGCGACCCUGUAGGCCCCGCCGUGAACUUGUUUCAAGAGAACUACUUCGCGCUGAUGAAAAGUGCUCUACGAGACAAUGGCAUAGUUUGCUCCCAAGCUGGGACCAUUUGGAAUGAUAUCGAGCUGGUUACCAGUACUUUGAGGUUCUGCAGGAAUCAGUUUCCCGCCGCGGCGUAUGGGUACGCGUCGGUACCGACAUAUCCCUCCGGGCAAAUAGGCUUCGUGAUCGGUUCGCUAGAUAAAGACGUCAGGUUCGAUGCCCCGGUGCACGUGUUCACACGCGACGACGAGAAGAAGAUGAAUCUCCGCUAUUACAAUAGCGACAUACACAAAGCUGCCUUUGUGUUGCCAACCUUCGUCAAAUACCAACUCGCAUAACUUUUUAAUUUUUUACUUUUUUACGUGUACUUAAACGUGCAUUUAUUUUAAAAUAAGACUGCCACGUCGGCAUUAUAAACAAAAUUAUUAUAUUUUUUCAAUAAUUAUUAUUAAUAAUUAUCAUAAUAAAUUGUUGGGACAUAUAUUCCAUAGGUUUUAAGUGUUUAUAGAUAUAUUUUUUAUACUGAAUACUCGGAUUAUUGUUUGUUAUAUUUUUAUACUAAUCUCUUUAUGUGGUUGAACAUUCCAAUAAUACAUAAUCUUUGAAUGUUAUACAGAAAACUUUAAAUAUUUUAUCAUAUGUAGGUAUAGUUCUAGUCUGAUAAUUGCAUAAAAUUCCGCUUCUAAAUACUUAGUGCCUUAAAACUAUUUGCUCAUUUUAAUGUGAUAGUGAAAUCGAAAUAAAAUAUUUUUGUACAAUGUUUUGUAUGCCAUUUUAUAUGAAUGUUAAAUUGGGAACAAUAAACGUAUUUUUUAAU